AUGAAGGCGAGCCCGGCGGCGUCGGCGUCGGCGGGGCGUCGGAGCGAGGCGGAGGCGGAGCGGCUGCGGACCCGCGAGCGGCUGGAGGCCACCCUGGCCGGGCUGGCCGAGCUGGGCUUCCUCCGGCGGCGCCAGGAGCUGCGCGUCCGCCGCCUGCUGGGGGCCUCGGCCGCCCCCGCCGCCCCGCAGGGGGACGCAGCCGCCGCCGCAGCAGCCGGAGCCGGCGCCGCCCCGCGCAGCUGGGAGGAGAAGUUCCUGGAGGAGAACAUCCUCCUCCUGAGGAGGCAGCUGAACUGCUUGAGAAGGAGAGACGCCGGCUUGUUGAACCAGCUCCAAGAACUGGACAAGCAAAUCAGCGAUCUGAGGUUGGACGUUGAAAAAACGGCAGAUGAGCACCUGGAGAUGGACAGCCGUCCCAGCUCAGGGUUUUACGAGCUGAGCGACGGCGGGGCUUCUGGGUCCCUCUCCAACUCGUCAAACUCCGUCUUCAGCGAGUGUUUGUCCAGCUGUCCCUCCAGUGCCUGCUUCUGCAGCCCUUUGGAUACGUCCUUGAGCAGUUCAGAUGGGCGGCCCAAAUCGGCAGAUCUCAUUGGGUGGAUGGAAUACAACAAAGGAGGUCAGCAUGAAGACCAAUCUGUGGGGACCGUCUCUCAAUCUCUGUCCACCGCACAUUCGAAUUCCCUAGACGUGGUCCCAGAAGUGCACCCAAAAUAUCAGUGUGACCUGGUGUCCAAAAACGGGAGUGACGUGUACCGUUACCCCAGCCCCUUACAUGCGGUUGCAGUCCAGAGCCCCAUGUUUCUGUUGCCAGUAACAAGUAGCCCCCCAAGAGAAGAGGAAGACAGAGGUAUCGGCAAUGUCGGUGAGGUCUGUGUUGAAUCUGCACUUGAUACAGAAAGCGACACUUCCCGUCACCCGUCAAAUUCUCAUUCCGCAUCCAUUCCUGCGGCCACAAAAAAAAUGGAUGGAUACAUUUUGAGUCUCGUGCAGAAAAAGAUCCCUUCGGUGAGGACUAACAAACCAAGAACGAAUCUGAACGCAGACCCUGCUAAAGGAAUUUUGAGACACGGAAGCAUUUGUGUUCGGCAGGGGGCCGGCAUGGCCCAUAACAAUGCAGUCCCUGUUAAGAAUCCUAGCCAGGUAUUCUCACGUUCCGCUGCAUCCACCCCCGUGUUGGAUAAUGGCACCUUUUCCCCCUCAAAGCAGUGUUUGCGAGACACAAAUACUGAGCACCCGGAGACCAAAAAGAUUCCUUUAGCCACAGCCUUCUCACCAAAUGCUAACCAUGAACUUCACAGCAAAAACCCCUCAUCAAGGACUGUCAAAACUCAAGAGGCAAUACAGUGUCCUGCGGUUAGCAAGGGUGACGGGCCCAGGGAAAGAGGCCAAACGUUUGCAACUACAGAAAGCCCUUGCCGGCACACGGCCCCCUUGAAGGAAAACAAAGCCAUCCAACUUCCCAAAAAGAUACCGUUAAAAAGCAAUGGGGGCCAAGCAACUCACUCUGUUUCCCCUCCACAUGAGACCAGGCCUUCGCUGGAUUUCAAAAGUGAGGGGUCGUCCUCUCAGAGCCUGGAGGAAGGCUUACUGGUGAGCGCCCAGUACGUACCAGCACAACCGCAAACAGUCAGACUUCACAAAGGCACCAGGAGUGUCAAAAUUCUCAAAAGUUCCAUGAUGAAACACAGGUCCCAUCUUGUCACAGUGCUGGAAAACAGUCCCUUGGCUGGACGGGAGAAAGGCAAACCCACUGGCAAAAAAUGCCGCUUCCCCGAUGACCUGGAUACAAAUAAGAAGCCGAAAAAGUCAGCCUCCAGGGUAAAGAAAAGUGGUCACUUGCAGCCGGAGACCAGCCUUCUGAGUAGGCCCCCUGGCAUCCUUAAAUCCACGACGAGACCCCAUGGGCAUGGCAGAGAACCGGUUGUAGCCAAACCUAAGCACAAGCGAGCCGACUAUCGGCGCUGGAAACUGUCAGCAGAGGUGUCUUAUGAAGAAGCCCUCAAGAGGGCCAGAAGAAACCGGAGAGAAGGCCUUGGGGUCUACUCACAAGUCCCCCAUCCCUACGCCAGCCCUUACACCUAUGUUGCUAGUGACUCAGAAUAUUCGGCUGAGUGUGAAUCCCUCUUCCAUUCCACCGUAGUGGACACCAGUGAGGACGAAAGGAGUAAUUAUACCACAAACUGUUUUGGGGACAGUGAGUCGAGCUUGAGUGAGGUAGAGUUUGUUGGUGAAAGCACGACAACCAGUGACUCGGAUGAGAGCGGGGGCCUCAUUUGGUCCCAGUUUGUCCAAACACUCCCCAUCCAGACAGUUGCCGCUGCUUCGGAGCUCCAUGAUAACGCGGCGAAAGCCUUUGUGAAGAUUAAGGCCUCUCAUAACCUAAAGAAGAAAAUCCUCCGCUUUCGGUCUGGCUCUCUCAAACUGAUGACUACUGUCUAA